GCCGAGGAUGCGGAGGACAUUGACAUCCUGGACGACGUGCUGCUGCUCAGCGACGAACGCCAGGGCGCAGCGCUGACCUCGGCCGGCGCGGCGCGCGAGCUGGGGGACGGCGGCGGCGCCGGCAGCGACGGCGAGGGCGACGGCGCGGCGGAGGGGCUGGACCAGUUCUUGGUGGGCGUGCUGCCGGGCGGCGGCGGGGGCGGCGGCGCGGAGGCGGAGGGUUUCGCGGAGGAGAUGCUGGGGGAAGACCUCGGGGACGAUGACGUGGCCUGA